AUGCGGCUCCUGCCACAGCGCCGCGCGCACUCGUCCCGGAAGCCUGCAGCAGUUCUGAGGAUGCAGCCGGUCCUCGUGGAGAGCUGCCCCGCAAGCGGCGUGGACCAGCAAGCGGUGCUUCCGCUGCUCGUGGGGUGUCGCCGAGGAGGAGGAGGAGGACCCCCUCCCCGUCCUACUUAUGAUGGCGGCGGCAGGGCCUCUGCAGCAUGCGCUCUUGCCCUCGCGCAGCGCACGCUCGCCUCGGCGGCUUUUGCGGCAGCUUUGAGCACGGAGGGCGGGCAGCUGGCCAACGUGUGGCUCUCGCUUUAGCAUUAACGCCGCGCGCGUUCGUGUUUCAAUCUUGCAGCGGUCGCAAGCAUGGAGGACGGCUCCGAAACGCGCUAGACCACCUCUACCCAGAUUGCUAGUGGGAUUCUUGGAGGGACCUGUGAAGAGGGAACUUUGAG